AUGUUCGUUAUAAAAAGAGACGGUCACAAAGAACCUGUACAAUUUGACAAAAUUACAUCAAGAAUUUCCCGUUUAAGUUAUGGUCUUGACCCAAAAAGAAUCGAUGCUGUUAAAGUCACACAACGUAUCAUCUCUGGUGUUUAUGAAGGUGUUACAACUGCUGAAUUGGAUAACUUGGCUGCUGAAACAUGUGCGUACAUGACAACUAUCCAUCCUGAUUACGGUACUUUGGCUGCUAGAUUGGCUAUUUCCAAUAUCCACAAACAAACUAAGAAGAGAUUCUCUGACGUUAUUAGUGAUCUUCAUGAUUAUAUCAAUCCUGCUAAUGGUAAACCAGCACCAAUGAUUUCUGAUAAAGUUUAUGACAUUGUUAUGGAAAACAAAGAAUUAAUUAACUCUACAAUUGUGUAUGACAGAGAUUACUCUUUCAAUUACUUUGGUUUCAAAACCCUAGAACGUUCCUACUUACUUAGACUCGAUGGUAAGGUUGCUGAACGUCCUCAACAUUUAAUUAUGAGAGUUGCACUUGGUAUUCAUCUGGACGAUUUAGAUUCUGUUAUUGAAACUUACAACUUAAUGUCGUUAAGAUACUUUACUCAUGCUUCACCAACUCUAUUUAAUGCUGGUACACCAAAACCUCAAAUGUCUUCUUGUUUCUUAGUUGCUAUGAAAGAUGACUCCAUCGAAGGUAUUUAUGACACUUUGAAGGAAUGUGCUAUGAUCUCCAAAACUGCUGGUGGUGUUGGUCUACAUAUCCACAACGUUCGUGCUACUGGUUCAUACAUUGCUGGUACUAACGGUACAUCUAAUGGUAUCAUCCCUAUGGUUAGAGUUUUCAAUAACACAGCACGUUACGUCGAUCAAGGUGGUAAUAAGAGACCUGGUGCUUUUGCCUUGUUUAUUGAACCAUGGCACGCAGAUAUUUUUGAUUUCGUUGACAUCAGAAAGAAUCAUGGUAAAGAAGAAAUUCGUGCAAGAGAUCUAUUCCCAGCUAUGUGGAUUCCAGAUUUAUUUAUGAAGCGUGUUGAAGCAAAUGAACAAUGGACUCUUUUCUCUCCAAGUGAUGCUCCAGGUCUGUCCGACGUUUAUGGUGACGAGUUUGAAGAAUUAUACACCCGUUACGAAAGAGAAGGCCGUGGUAAGACAAUCAAGGCUCAAAAAUUAUGGUAUGGUAUUUUAGAGGCACAGACUGAAACUGGUACUCCAUUUAUGGUCUAUAAGGAUGCGUGUAACAUCAAGACAAACCAGAGAAAUCUCGGUACUAUCAAAUCAUCUAACUUAUGUUGUGAGAUCGUUGAAUAUUCUAACCCAGAUGAGACCGCUGUUUGUAACUUAGCAUCCAUCGCUUUACCAGCUUUCAUCGAAACUUCAGAAGAUGGUACUACUUCCACUUAUAACUUUGAGAAACUUCAUGAAAUUGCCAAGGUUAUUACCAGAAAUUUGAACAGAGUUAUCGAUAAUAACUACUACCCAGUUCCAGAGGCUAGAAAUUCUAAUAUGAAGCAUAGACCGAUUGCGCUUGGUGUUCAAGGUCUUGCAGACACAUACAUGCUGUUACGUUUACCUUUCGAAUCUGACGAAGCCGGUAUUUUAAACAAACAAAUAUUUGAAACUAUUUAUCAUGCCUCCUUAGAAGCCUCCAUGGAACUAGCCAAGAAAGACGGUCCAUACGAAUCAUAUGAAGGUUGUCCUGCUUCUCAAGGUAUCCUACAGAUGGAUAUGUGGAAUGCCGAACCAUUUGGUAUGUGGGACUGGGCCAAAUUAAAGGCUGAAAUUAUCGAACAUGGUUUGAGAAACUCUUUGACAAUGGCUCCAAUGCCAACUGCUUCUACUUCCCAAAUUAUGGGUUACAACGAAUGUUUCGAACCAUUAACUUCCAACAUGUAUCAACGUCGUGUUCUAUCCGGUGAAUUCCAAAUUGUCAACCCAUAUUUGUUACGUGAUUUAGUUGAUAUGGGUAUUUGGAACGACAGUAUGAAACAACAUUUAAUUACUGCUAAUGGUUCUGUUCAAGGUUUACCAAAUGUCCCACAAGAAUUAAAGGAUCUUUAUAAGACGGUCUGGGAAAUUUCACAAAAGAAAAUCAUCGACAUGGCUGCUGACCGUUCUAUCUACAUUGACCAAUCUCACUCUUUGAAUCUUUUCCUACGUGCUCCAACUAUGGGUAAGAUUACCAGUAUGCAUUUCUAUGGUUGGAAAAAGGGUUUAAAGACUGGUAUGUACUACUUAAGAACCCAAGCUGCUUCAGCUGCUAUUCAAUUCACAAUUGACCAAAAGGUUGCCGAUCAAGCCGGUAAGAAGAUUGCUGAUAUUGACAACUUACAUCGUCCUACUUAUGUUCCAACUGGUACUAAAUUUACAGAUGGUAUUACCUUGGAAAAAACCAACUCUGGCUCAUCCUCAUCCAGCGAAUCUAUUACCAGUGGUGUCUCUACAAUCAAGCUAAAUGAAACUGAACCAGUUGUUCCACAAGAGGAGGUUACAACUCAAAAAAAGGCUGAACUAGUGAGUGAAAGAGAUACCCUUCAACCAGGGAUUAGUUGUGCUGAGAGAGAUAACUAA